AUGGCUGCCUCCAGGAUGCUUCUGGUUCUGCUCUCUAUGGCCCUGCUGGCCCUGACCUCAUCUCAAAGGGUCAAUGAAGAUGAUGAAAAUUCUCUUCAAGAGCAAGUUGGUUAUCUCCAUGCUGGGCUAAAGGAAAUAAAGAACCAUGGUCAAGAACAACUAAGUCAGCAUAGCAAGAAGGCUAAAGAUCUCAUACAAAGGAGAGGGAAGCUCGACCAAGGAAAUGGCCAAGGCGUUAAUCUAGGCUCUGAUGGUGAAGGUUUGAGAGGUCGGAAUCGUCAGAGUCAAAAUCAACAAGGAAGAGGUGGCCAACGAGGACGUGGUCAUGGGGGCCAGAGAGGUGAGAACGGCCAUAAUGCAAAAGGUGAUCAGAAAAUACAACGUGGAAAAGAUGGCAAGAGAAAUCAAAGGGGUCAGUAUGACAGCAUUCCUGGUGACCAGUGA